AAUACCACACAAUACGCCGAUGACAUCAGUAAAGCGCCGCGGAAACCGCGUGCCUUCGUUUUAAAGAGGCGCCGGUGUUCAUUGAAUGAGGUUGAAUUAGAAGCGUCUGUUUUGGAUCGCUUCCACAAUUGCGUUUACAUCAAGCCUGUGGCGAUUUAAAUAGUUGUUUUUUGUACAGUAUUCUGAUAGAAUAUUGCACUUUGACGGAGGCGAGCUGGCGCAGGUUGCAGGGUGCCCGUGGACGAUGAGAGACAGCAGCGGCAGCCUGGCACAAAACCGCUGGCAGGGUGAGCUGGCUUUGGGUGUGGGCCAGGAGGGCAAUGGGGCUGCAGGCAUGCCUGCAGGGCACCUCAUGGAUGCCUCUUCACCCAACCAUGUGCCCAGUCCAAUGCAUCUCAAACUGGGCCAGAAGGAAAGGGUCAAUGAGUCAGAGUGCAUGGACCAGGAUACUAUUGAUGACUGGAGGGAUGAAGAGGAGGAGGAGGAGGAGGAAGAAGAAGAGGAGGACGACGAAGAAGAAGAAGAAGAUGAAGACGACGAUUUAGAAGAACAGGAUGAGGAGGUGGACUUUGAAGCAGCUCCAUGGGAAGAGCUGGAUGGGGUGGAAGAAUGGCAAGCCCCACACGAGACACCAUUAGUGUCCCUCACAGAUCAGCUACCGCGGCAACAACAAUCAACAACAUCCCUGUCAGAGGAGCAGGUCCGGCUUUUGGCAGGGGACUCACCUGAGCGGCCUCUGUGGUCCAGGCUGUCCACACACAGGCUCCGUCGGCUGAGGCGCUGGAGGAGGCUUCGCACCAACGGCAGUCUGCGCUUUCGGCUUGCGCAGCACUGGAAAACGUGGCGCCAGCGAGCCCAGAGGAUGGGCAUGCAGGGGCACCGGAGGGUACGGAGGUGGCGCCAGCACAGCACCUAUGGCAUCCGCCAGCGACGGGACCUCGGGCUGAAGAACUCACAAUCAGAGGAGCAGAUACAGGAUGAUACUGAGACAGAAUUACGGUUAUAUGGACUCAAUGGCUACCGUGGUGACUCCAAAUCCAGCUCAUUGGUCAGCACUGGGGACACAGGGGGCCAGGACUUUGCCCCUAUGCGUCCAAAGCCCAUAGAGUUGGCCCUCACAGAAGAGCACAUGACAUGCCUACAUGGGAUCCUCGAUGAGUCUUUGCAGCAGUAUGGAAGCCUGAUACCCAUCCAUAUUGAUGAUGUGGUCGAGAAACUGCAGGACGUCUUCAAGGAGAAUUUCUCCCAGCCACACAGGAAAGCUACAGUGCAAUCCGUAAUUCAGGCCUACCAGAGGUCACCUGGAACCGCCAUGGUGCGAGGGUUUCGUGUCAACUACAAGCGGCACAUCCUCACAAUGGAUGACCUCAGCACUCUGUAUGGGCAGAAUUGGCUGAAUGAUCAGGUUAUGAAUAUGUAUGGAGACCUUGUGAUGGAUUCAGUGCCUGAGAAGGUCCAUUUCUUUAACAGUUUCUUCUACGACAAGCUGAGGACAAAGGGUUAUGAUGGUGUGAAAAGGUGGACAAAAAAUGUGGACAUCUUCCAGAAGGAUCUGUUAUUGAUCCCCAUUCACCUGGAGGUGCACUGGUCUCUGGUGAGCGUCGAUAUAAAGCGCAAGGCUGUCACCUACUUUGACUCCCAACGUACCCUAAACAAGCGCUGUCCAAAGCACAUUGCAAAGUACUUGCAGGCAGAGGCUUUUAUGAAACAACGGCAAGAUUUUCUGACUGGGUGGAAAGGUUUUUUCAAAAUGAAUGUGGCCAGACAGAACAACGACAGUGACUGUGGGGCAUUUGUUCUCCAGUACUGCAAGUGUCUGGCCCUGGGACAGCCGUUCAGCUUCAGCCAGCAGGACAUGCCCAAACUGAGGCGACUCAUGUACAAAGAACUGUGCCACUGCCGGCUCUCGCUGUAAUGUCUGUGCGAGACAGUUCUGUCCCCCGGCUGCAAGCAGAGCCCUACUAUAAGAAACUUUUCCAUCUUUGUCAGUCAAACCAGAGACUCUACACAGAGGAUGAUUGGUCCUUGACCAUGCCCAUUUCUCCCAUCCACAUGUUUGGUUAUUUUAAUUUUUUUUUAGUUUUUUUUUUUUAUAUAUAAAUAUAUAUAUAUUGUCUAUUUCUUUGUGGUUGACAGAGGCCAACUCAACUGUUAUUGUUACCAUGUUGACACAGUUUUGCAGUAAGGUGAGCCAUCAGAAGGGCUUCUGGACAGGGCUGGGACUCACGCUACCGGGGAAAGGAGAAGUCACACAGGGGUUCGAGUUUGUUAUUUUUUUCGUUUUUUUUUUUUUUUCUCUCCAGGUCUUGUUUUUUCUCCAUGUCAGUACACAUGUUGCUAUGCUUACUGUAAGAAAUGUGGAAAUGGAUCAAGAUGGUUAUGUUUGCGACUUUAUUUUUAAAUAAAUCUUAUCUCAUGAAGUCAUA